AUGAUGGACUUUCGCCUUCAGGUGGAUGAGGAGAAGCCACCGUCGGCACAACACACUCAAGGCACAUCAAGCCAGUUUUUCCAGCCGGUCAGUGGAGGCAACUCCAGACUUGAUGGUGAUUCCCACUCAUCUCACUCGGGCCUCAUGGCCCCCCCUGGCUCGUACUAUUACUAUCCACAAGGUAGCCAGGUUCUUCUUCGCCCUCCUUCUCCACCACCUGCCUCACCCAACGGUCCCCCUGUUCGGGUACCAAAGAUUCCCCAUCCGACAUCAAUUCCUGUGAGCCAAGGCCCUGUCAAGAGAAGAAAAAAAGUCGCUGCUCAGCAGCGGCUAGUAGUGCCAAGCAGUGGCCGCGCCUCAGGCAUAUUGGCAGGCCAGUCAGGAAGACCUCGUGUCCGUGUGAUAAAGGCGCAGCCGGGAAUGCUCGAUUUGCUAGGAAAUGAGGAAAGCCAAGCUGGCCAGCAGUUCUGGACGGCUGAUAAACCCACAAUCAGAGAAUCACAUGGAGUUGAACCACCUCGAAGGAGACUACAUGUGGACAAGGAUAAAACUCCACAAAUAAUGUCAGAGAAGAUAUCCUCGCUUGUGCAGCCUCAUAGCCAACCUGAAAGUGUAAACGAGGAGGAGAAGGCCUCUAGUGGCGAUGGAUCCCGAGGCCAUAGUGGUAUUCGACUGUCAACUGUGAAUAUUGAAGCAGGAAGGCCUACAAUACCCGUGAGCAAACAGCAUCCUGAUCGCCUGUUGGGUAAUGCAACUUCGAUGGGGAGAAAAUCUAACCAACGUUCAGAAUUAGACUUCUCAGCGAUACAUUGUCCUGGCUGCCGAGAGGCAAUUGCAAAUGAACUGAGAACUGAGCAGCGAUUGCGUCAGCGUCAGAGUCAGGCAGGCGACAUGACCCGAAUAGGGGCUUUUACGGUAAAAGAAAAUGACAAAGUUAGAACUUGCAGGAGAAAAGCUACAGUAGAGAGGUUAGAAAAAGAGAGUUGGGAUGAGAUUGAUCUGGGUAGGAUGGAAGAGAAAAGGAUGGAAAAGCGGACUAAGGAUGCGUCGUUUACUCCAGCCACUAUGGAGGAAUCGAGAGUUAAGCAAACAGGAUAUGAACAACAAAGCUUACCAAGUGGCAUUGAAGUGGAGCCCCUACACUGCAAACGCAAGAGCAAGAGGAAACAGGAAACACAAAGGUUAGCGUUUUGA